UUGUACACGUAAUAUGUUAGUUGGUGAGUACAUGUGAGACACACUGCACGCACUUUUGUCACAUUUUCUCUCCCCUCCACUCUAUAUUAUUGACCAUAUAUACUUUCGUAACAUCCCUCUCCCUUUCAUAUUUUGUGUUUCCAACUUCCUAGUUUUUUGUCAUAAAAUUGUUACUAAAAUCCUAGGAUUAAUUAAAUACACAAAAAAAAAAAAAAAAAAAAUCUAAAUUGUUCUAUGGAAAAUCCGCCGCAACAAUCGCCGUCAUCCGCUGUUUCCGUCCUCGAAAACACUAACAAGACGGCUGAGCUCGACUCUCCACUCCACACUAUCGGGUUCGAAAUCGAUGAGUUGUCGCCUUCUUGUGUUUCCGGCCACCUCGUAGUCACCCCUAAAUGUUGCCAGCCGUUCAAGGUGUUACAUGGAGGAGUAUCGGCGUUGAUAUCGGAGGCGCUUGCGAGUAUAGGGGCGUAUUUGGCAUGUGGGAUGAAAAGAGUGGCGGGAAUCCAUUUAAGCAUCGACCAUAUGAGGAGUGCUCAAGUUGGUGAUCUUGUUCUUGCUCAAGCAACCCCUCUCAGCUCUGGUCGCACAAUUCAGGUUUGGGAGGUAAGAUUAUGGAAUGCAGAUGAGACGAGUAUGAAGAGGGAUCACAUAAUAUCAUCAGCAAGGGUUACUCUUGUAUGCAACCUCCCUGUACCCAACCAUCUAAAAGAGGCCUCGAAACCUUUUCGCAAAUACGCAAAAUUGUAGGUUUUGACAUUGCAAAGAUUGCUGAUCUUGCAGUUGUUGAUGUUGUACUCUCUUAUAACAGGAUUGAGGGAAAAAUGCACAUACAUUUUACAUUGCCAAUUUGUACAAGAUCAUGCAAAUUUUCAGUGUUUGGUAUUGAAUAUUGAUUGUACCUUUGUUCUUUUUUUCUUUUAUUAUUGGGUAGAAAAUAUGUGUAUAAUUUUAAUUUCAGUUUUAAAAUAUGUUUUCUUGUAAAGAAUAGAAUAAUCGGGCUAGCAAGUUGUAUGCUUAUGACCUUGUCCUGAUUUCUAUCCUCUGUAAUUUUGCUAAAUCUUUUGAUCAAUAGUUAUGUACAAGUGCAUGAUCGGAAUACACUGGUUGUAUGAUUUUCAAUCAGUAUUCGGUUUGAAUAAAAGAAUUUGGUAUAUGUACAUGCA